AUGACUUCGAAGAAUGGCAUCAACUCUGGAGGGAAGGGCUGUCGCGCCAAAGCACUCAUAGCUGUGGCGAACCAGUCGGACGACCCGUUACUCCAAGUGAACCCAAGUGUCCGCACAUUCGUCGACCACAACGGACGCCAACACCGACUCGAGUGUCACCGAUGGGACCAAUUGGACGCCGAGACUCAGCAGUGGAUUCAAGACGUGACGGAACACAACAUGAAGUCAUUCUACGAGUCGUCGUCUUGUGGUUGGAAUCGAUCGCAGAAGGAGAAGGAGUUGAGACACUCGACGGCCCGGCAUUUGGUGGUCCGCUCUGAAGAGGACAACCGUUUGGUAGCCUUCAGUCACUUCCGGUUCGAGACGGGAGGCCAGGAGUCGGAGUGCUGUGUCUACUGCUAUGAACUGCAGGUCGAGGCCAGUCAUCAGCGGUCAGGAGUGGGUCGCCAUCUUAUGGAAGUCCUCUACGAGAUUGCCGUCGCCUUCCGAAUGAGGAAAGUGAUGCUAACUGUCUUCGACUGCAACUCAAUUGCUAUGCAUUUCUACACCCAUUCACUGAAAUACCGGAUCGACAGGUCGUCCCCCAGUCGCUGCCAAAUGACCGCCGAUUACCAGAUCCUCUGCCAUAACGUCACUCAAUCCAAACUAAUCACCAACACCAAUUGA